CGAUGACGUCACUCGACUUGCGGAAAUACCCGAGGAUCAUAAACGCAUUCGUGUUCUUCGGCAAACGCAGAAAGACCAAAGACGGAAGCCCGGCUGGCGGGGACUUGUGUCAGCGACGCUGUCCACCGUGGUGGAAUGCAGAAAAGUCACGCCGGCUGGCGAGAGCCAAGCUGGACGUCAGGGGACGCGGAAGAAUGGUCGGUAGCUGAGCUCGCCGCACGCAUGUUCAUGAGUCACAACCGAAGCCGGGUGUUCAAGAGCUUGCUGAGAGUGAGAUAGGAACCCUGGAAGUCCGAGGUGUCUGUCUGAGGCCCUGCCGGUCACGAUAGGUCCUCUGUAGCUGACUUGUGCUACAUGACACGCUGAUUGAAUGGAAGAUAGCAGGAGAGAGACCAGGCCUCUCACAGCAGACUUCAGCAGCCAGACCAUCAGCGUAGUGCAAGGUCAUGGCCCCAGGUUGUCAAAGAUCAACCUGAUUACCUUGUUGAGUUUGUGGUUGGAGCUGUUCCCUCAGGAGCAACCCGAAGAGGACGAUAAUCAGAUCCGUAGCGUGGGUCUCGUGGUGGUUCGGGACAGUAAGGUGGUGGGCCUCCACUACAGUGGACACGAACUCCACGCUGGCCAAGCAGCCAUCAUCCAACAUGCUGCCCGCCUGGCCGACUGUCAGCUGUACUUCUCUCGGCGUCCAUGCGCCACCUGCCUGAAGAUGAUCAUCAAUGCUGGAGUGAGUCAGAUCUCCUUCUGGCCCGGAGACCCCGAGUUCAGCAUGCUGAGCUCCGACCCCCAUGCUCAUACUGGCCACAUCACCGAGGAGGCUGCGCUGGACGCUCUGGCUACGGAGAAGCUGAAGUCCAACAGCAGUUCGCACAUCUGCUUGCUGCUGCAGCCUCUGGCUGCCGGCAUGGUGCAGUUUGUGGGUGAGACGUCCAGAGAGUGUGAUUUCAUGGGGAUGGCGACAGAUAACAACCCCGGCCUGAAUACAGAGGAACUCUUCUGCAGAGAACAGGAGAAACACCUUGAAGAUUUAUCCAAACGCUUCCUAAUUGAGGACUCCCGUCAGCACCGAGAGAUUUUGACCCAAAUGCAUCUGGAGAACUUCUGCGUGGAGCCCUACUUUUCCAACCUCAGACACAAUAUGAGGGAGGUGGUGAAAGUUCUGGCUGCUGUGGUGGCCGGGGUGCCAGAGCAACACUAUGGAUUUCACCGGGAAACGUUGGCCCCUGAUACAUUACUCACUGGCUCAUCGCCUUGCCCUUAUCACGAGGGAGUGUCCCAAGAAAUCGCCCGUCAUUGCAUCAUCCAAGCCAGGCUACUUGCCUACAGAACAGAGGACCCUAAAGUGGGUGUUGGUGCUGUUAUCUGGGCCAACAAACAGUUGACUGGCCUUAAGGGACCGGGUCAUCUGUCCCUGGUGGGUUGUGGAUACAACGCUUACCCAGCAGGCUCACAGUACGCAGAGUACCCGCUCAUGGACACCAAACAGGAGGACCGAAAGCGGCGCAAGUACAGAUACAUCGUCCAUGCCGAGCAGAAUGCUCUCACCUUCAGGACUCGUGAUAUCAACCCAGAGGAAGCUGCCAUGCUGUUUGUGACAAAAUGUCCAUGUGACGAGUGCGUCCCUCUGAUUAGAGGUGCUGGCAUCACGCACAUUUACACCACCGACCACGACCGGGACAAGAAUAAAGGAGACAUUUCCUACCUCCGAUUCAGCAACUUGAAGGAAAUCCAAAAGUUCAUAUGGCAAAGGGACCCUGCAUCAUCAUCUUACAACAUCACCAACGGUCACACUGGCAAGCGCAGCAGGGCAGAAGUGCAGGAGAAUCCCAGCAUCAAGAAGAUCUGCAACAGCAGAAAUAACAACUUGCCCCCUGUGAGCUGAGUAUCACCCCUGAACCAGCGGCACUACACGUGCACAUUGAAACUGAACUCGGAGUGUAGUUGCAUCUUCUGUGUUUUCAUCAGCAGUGACACACGAGAACUGAGCUGACCACAUUGAUCUCAUCAUUAAGAACUUUUAUAGAGAAGAAUUAUAUUGAAGAUAGAAACCCUGAUGUGAGUUGUAUUAAGUGGUGAAUUAUUUCAUGUAUGUGUCAAUAUAAUUAUAAUUCUAUUUUAUGGCAAAGAUUAUAUGGUUGCAAUGGGUUGUUUGAGAUUUUCAUCACCCCCGUUUUAUUUGUAAUAAAUAGGAUUUACACAAAAGCUAAACUAGUACCAUUGGAUGUAACUUGAAUCCAAAGAUUUCCCAAUAAAUUUUACUUGGCUGAUGAUGCUUUAAUCAUAA